GUGUUUGUAGAGAAUCAACAAGUUCAUGGAAGCAUCUAUAAUCCAACGAGGAACGGAGGAGAGAUGAAGAAACUCGCCGUAGAUGGCGAAGAUCAUCCCGUCGGUGAAUCCGAUAGCCACGGGUCUCCCCUUUUCAGAACCAGAGCAAACCAUCGGAAUAGAUUGAAAAAUCCGGCGGAUCCGAUUGUCUUGACUAUCGCGAACACGUCCCGACGGAGAAUCUGGCGGAGAUCGAUCGGAUUGUUAGGGGAGAACGUUGGGAUCAAACUCAGCGUUGCAACGAAGACAAGGGAGCCAAGGAUUUUUAGCGGACUCCAUGUCAGUGACCAGAGAGUGGUGGAUGCGAGGAGGAAAAUGAUUGAAGCAGCAAGCCAGAUAGCUGCUUGGAUUCUCGGAAGAAAAUGCUUUGCUUGCGCAAUGGUCAAGAGAAACGUCAUUUUGUUGAAAAGAAGGAAGAAGAAGAAGAUUGAAACUGAGUCAGUUAGAAGAGGACGAGGAGAGAUUAAAGAAGAAAUUGUUAUUUGUGAGGCUCAGGGAAGUGCACAGUCAGAAGCAAUAAAAGAAGAAAGCAAGAAGUGGAGAGAGCCAGGUAAGGUCCACAGCUUCGGACUCUCCUGUUCAUCUAGCAUCUCUCCGAAUAUCAGAGUCAUCCGUGCUUCUCCGAGAAAUCUGGUGCUGCAUCGUGACAAGCAACGUCUUCAAUCUCACGGAUGGUUUCACGAGCUGGGCAUGCGUAAUGCUGAAAGGCCCAAGAGAAUGACUGGCCCAAGUGAAGUCUGUUAUGAUAACCUCCGAAACAGAGGAAGAACAGAGUCAUCCGAGGCAGUGAAACUUCUUCUUCGUUGA